CUCUUCAUUUCAAAACCUAACGUUUUCACAACUUCCCAACAACUCUUUUCUCUCAUCUGAUCUCCCUCUAACAACCCUUUCUCUUCCUCUAAAGAUCAUUCUAUUAUUUCUCUAGCUAGUUGAGCCAUUCAUGGCAGAAUUAGAUGAUCAAGAUCAAGUAGUUGACCCUCCUCCCUAUUUUCUCUGUCCCAUCUCCUUGCAAAUCAUGAAAGAUCCCGUUACCAUCGCCUCCGGCAUAACCUACGACCGCGAAAGCAUCGAGAAAUGGUUGUUUUCCGACAAACACAAGACAUGCCCCGUCUCGCACAUAGUUUUGUCAGACUUUGACGUCACUCCCAACCAUACUUUAAGACGAGUCAUUCAAGCUUGGUGCACCGUCAAUGCUUCUAAAGGUGUAGAGAGGAUACCGACGCCGAAGCCCCCAGUCGACCGGGAGCAAGUUGUUCGGAUUCUUGCCGAUGCUAAGUUAUCUCCAUUCUCUCAAAAGAAUUGCCUUUGUCGCCUUCGAUCUAUUGCUGCGGCAAAUGAAAGUAAUAAACGUUGCAUGGAAUCUGCUGGAGUUGUGGAGUUCUUGGCUGGGGUUGUGUGUAAUUCUACCACCAACAUGGAGUAUGGCUUAGAAGAUUACGCGUUUGACGACAUGUCGGCAAAUUCAGCCGAUGAGGCUUUGAUUAUUCUUCAUAAACUCCAAAUCUCCGAAUCCUCUCUAAAAUUUCUCCUCUCCAACAAUGGCGGCAUCUUCAUCUCCACCUUAACCAAAAUCUUACAAAAUCGAAGCUAUUCCUCUCGAUCAUAUUCAGUAAUGCUUCUCAAUUCAAUGUUCGAAGUCGCAGAUCAGAUUCAAAUCCAAAAUCUCACCGCCGAUUUCUUUAUCGAAAUCAUCCAAAUCCUCAAAGAUCAAAUCUCCAAACAAGCCUCCAAAUCGGCAUUGAAAUUGCUAAUCGCCGUCUCUUCUAGUUUCAGAAACAGAGUAAAGGCGGUUCAAGCCGGUGCAGUUCCGGUUCUGAUCGAUCUCCUCCUCGAUCUCGAUUCGUCGGAGAAUAAGCGUUUGUGCGAAAUGAUUCUCGUACUGCUCGAUCAGCUCUGUGGCUGUGCCGAUGGCAGGGCGGAGCUGUUGAAUCAUGCGGCGGGGAUUGCCGUGGUGUCGAAGAAGAUUCUGAGAAUUUCGACGGUUGGAAGCGAGAAAGCGGUUGGGAUCUUGUGGUCUAUAGCGAGAUUCUCGGGGAGUCAAAGCGUGGUUCAGGAAAUGGUGAGGAUUGGUGUUGUGACGAAGCUGUGUUUUCUGCUUCAGGUGGUGGGCGCCGGAGUGAAAGCGAAGGAGAAAGCUAAAGAGAUUUUGAAGCUUCAUGGUCGGACAUGGCGGAAUUCGUCGUGUUUGCCUUCGACUUUGCGAUCAGCUUAUCCACAAUAAUAUUAUUAGGGAGGGUUUGCUUUUCUUUAUUUGUUUCUAAGUGCAUAUAUAUAUAUAGUUGAGUUGAUUGAAAUUGAAUUUGUAUAUUUUAAAAAUUUGUACAUAUGCUUUGUGUAAAUAAUUGGUUCAUAA